UCAUGAAUAAAUAAUAAUAUCUUUUUUCCUUUUUCAUUUUCCAUUAUGCGCCAGCCAGAAACAGCGAAAAUAGGGUAACGAAAAGGGUAUUCUCGUAACUUUGAUUCAAUACACCCUCUUUAGACUGAUUUUUAAAGGAUAGCUAGCUCCGUGAUUUCAACGCAGCUCCUACUACUCCUUACCCAAAACAAAAAAAACUUUCCCGAGAAAAUCUUUCUUCUUCUUCAUUUUCCUGAGAAAAUCUUUGAACCAUGUCGUGGCAAACUUAUGUUGAUGAUCACCUUCUCUGUGACAUUGAAGGUAAUCAUCUCACUCAUGCUGCUAUCCUCGGUGUAGACGGUAGCGUUUGGGCUCAGAGUGCUAAUUUCCCUCAGUUCAAGCCUGAGGAGAUAAAUGCUAUCAAUAAAGACUUCGAUGAGCCUGGAACUCUUGCUCCAACUGGAUUACAUAUUGGUGGUACUAAAUAUAUGGUGAUUCAAGGUGAACCUGGAGCUGUCAUUCGAGGGAAGAAGGGUGCUGGUGGUGUUACUGUUAAGAAGACCAAUAUGGCCUUGGUCAUUGGCAUUUAUGAUGAACCAAUGACUCCCGGUCAGUGCAACAUGGUAGUUGAAAGGCUUGGUGAUUAUCUUGUUGAACAGGGUCUUUAAUCCUAUUCCUAUGUCUUAUUAUAGUUCAUAUUUCAUUGGCUUCUGUACAAGUUUUUGCGUCGACCUCGAAUGGAAUACUUGAUUGCAGUGUAAUAAUAUUUUGGAUUUCAUAAAGUUGUUGGAUCUGCGUGUGGCAAAGAAGUGUUUGGUGCUUGAGAAAUGAUGACUAUAAUCUUUGUCCUUGUACUUUUUUAGUGGGUACCUUAUACAUUAAAGUGCUUUUAAAUUCUAAUGCUAUGGUAUAUUGGUUGGCAUAUUUUUGAAUUCUUUGCAGAUUCUUAUCUAUCUGGCAAAAAGCCUUAAUAUUUA